AUGCAAAAGCCGACCCAUUCCCGACUUCAUGUUCGCGACGCCCGAGACGCCCACACAGUCUUCGAAGCCGUACGUCAAGGAUUCCUCAAACCCGUCGAGCGACGUCUGAACGAGGUCGAACGGUCCAUGUAUAUUCGCUCAGGAUCGAUUUUCGUCUGGGAAGAGAGCGAGGACGAUUUAGGCUUGAAGAGGUGGACGGAUGGUCGGGUCUGGAGCCAAUCCCGGAUGCGUGAGCCGUAUCUCUUCUAUGACGAAAAAUUACCGUCAGAUAGCUCCUCAAACGACCAACCUCCACGUUCGCCAAAUAACUUCAGAUUCGUCGAUGGCAUAGGCCGGACCGGCGCGUCCACCCCUGCGCUCUCGCACUACGAUCGUAGCGAGCAGCAUCCGGCGGGAUUGGUCAAACAGGCGUAUUCGGCAUGGGUCCUGAGACAUUUUGAUACGAAGCCGCGCAAGUGGCAUUUAACUGCCUACUUCACGUAUUCCGACCUUCCGCGUCUUCCUACAAUUGAUCAAGAUCCCACUCUACGUGGUGUGACUGUGCCGGCAGGGAUGUAUAGGAGUGGGAAGGCCCGGUCGAGGAAUUCGGAUGCCACGGGUACACACACGCCCGUUCCGCCUUCAUCUUCUCCGUCACCUUUCGCACAUGGACAUUCAACUUCUUCAGCAUCAAGUUCUAGCGGACAGGUAUUGCCAUCUUUACAUGUUGCGAUUGCGUCGUCCCAGCAAGAUGGUCACCUCUCCGGAAGAGUACACGAUGGUAGACCUGUAGAAGAUCAGCGUAUGAUCCAAAUGCUCAAUUCCCGUCAUAUUAUAUAG